AUGGGAUUAGGCAAACUCAUUGAGCGCGCAAGGCUGCCUUGUGUCUCGCAAUGGAUCAAUGAGGACAUCCGACCCAUAGAGUCGGCCAGGCGAACAUGGACGUUCUGGACUUUUCACAAUUUCUGGUUGCUGAUCAACUGCAACAUCGCGACCUUCCUAACUGGAAGUGCGCUGAUACCGCUGGGCCUUAACUGGUGGCAAGCCAUCAUUGCAAUCGUGGUGGGAAACAUCAUAGCCGCCACGGCGAUUGUGAUUAGCUCGUUUGCGGGUGCCUACUAUCACAUUGGCUUUCCCGUCUAUAGUCGUGCUGUAUGGGGCAUGUGGGGAUCCCAGUUUGCCGUCUGGAACCGCAUAUUUUUGUCUCUUGUCGUCGUUCAUAGGUACGGUUUCCAGACAUGGGUUGGCGGCCAGUGUUUCGAGCUCAUCCUGCUGUCGUGGGAUCCCAAGUAUGCAUCCCGGAUUCCCAACCACAUGCCCGAAAGCACGGGCAUGACAACAGCAGAGUUCGUAUCGUACAUCAUCUUCUUCGUCAUCAGUCUGCCGUUCCUGUGGAUCCAGCCUCAUCGUCUGCAGAAGCUGUUCCUAUUCUCCAGCGUCGUGACCAUCGUCUUCUUCGUGGUCGUCCUCAUCUGGGCACUGGCAACCAUGGGCGAGGGAGGCUUUGGUAGCACCAUGGACUCGUCUACCUCCAUCCCGAAGACGGGCGGGCCAGCAAGUGUUGCCUGGCUGAUGGUGUAUGGGGUCGUUUGCACCAUUGGGGCGAUUGCGGCCGGCAUCUUGAACCAGAACGACUUUGCGCGUCUGGCACGGAAGCCAAUGGACGCCGUUUGGGGCCAGCUUAUCCCGUAUGGCGUAUACAGCAUCCUCACGUCCGUCAUCGGGAUCCUGGUCGUCUCCGCGACCCAGAAGCGGUUUGGUGGCGAGGCCGUCUGGAACCCGCCAACCAUCUUUGUUCGCCUGCUGGAACAGGACGACAGCCCCGGGACGCGGGCGGCCGUCUUCUUUGCCGGCGUCGCCCUGUGCAUCUCUCAGAUUGGCAGUAAUGUGCCCGGCAAUGCGCUGGCGGGCGGCAUAGACCUGUCGUCCGUGUUCCCGCGGUACAUCAACAUCCGCAGAGGAGCCUACAUCACGGCCCUGCUCAGCCCGAUUGUCAACCCCUGGCAGCUGGUGGGCACGGCGACGACGUUUCUGUCCGUCUUGUCGAGCUACAGCGUCUUUCUCGCGCCGAUGACGGGCAUGAUGUUUGCCAGCUAUGUCGUGGUGAACAGACGCAAGAUUAAGGUCGACGACUUGUACCAGGGCCACGGCGGCAGCAUAUACUGGUACACACAUGGCGUCAACUUCCGCGCGCCGGUUGCGUGGGCGGUGGGAGUUGCGCCGUGUUUGCCCGGCUUUAUCGGGGCGGUGAAUGGAUCCGUGAUGCUUCCCGAGGGCAUGACGAAGCUCUUUUACCUCAAUUACCUGUACGGAUUUCUGUCGAGCGCCGGCGUCUACAUUCUUCUUCACUGGAUCUUUCCGGCCAGAAACGUCGACAGGUUCGUCAGGACGUCGCCGAGCGCAGCGGAAGUGCAGCAGUUCUACUCGGACCGCUGGGAGCUGCCGGACCCUAUCGGCGAACCGGGCAGCCCCAAGCCCCGUGCCGGUCACGUUACUGGCGCGCAGGGCUGCUAUUGGCGGCAUCUGGCGAUGGCCUCCCACACGCACCGUCGCUCGUUCCCCGCCGUCGGCCAACUUGGAUCAAUGACGAGCUGCCCUUCUGCUAAAACUGUGGUUGCAGGUCUCUUCUGUAAGAACAGGGGUCUGGUCUGCAAAUCUACAUCGACUCCUGAUGAGGUACCCCCUCAGCACGAGAGUGCCGGCGAAAGUGUCGCUGGCAAUGCCGCCUCCGACGCCGAGCUUGUCAAUUCCCCGGCCAUGGGCUCUUCGCCGAGCGUUACACGCCGCAGUGUCUCGCAUUCCAGCCCUGCAGACACGAUUCAGUCGUCUGCGGGCCUCAGUGCUGCUGGAGAUGCAAGUGUAAGCCAGCAGCCAUCUGUGCCCUCGGCCAUGGUACACCAGGGGUUGGUUCGCCAGUCAGGGCCGCCUGCGGAUGGCCUGGUCCAAUCCCCAUAUGACGCCUCUCCCCCGGUCCCUGUGGCAGCAAACCUCCCUCUACAUACGCUCGAGGACAACUUCAACAGGACUGCGCACUCUAUGGGCCCGUCGGCCGAGCAGGACACGUAUCUCUUAGAUGCCUUUAGGUGUCUCAUAAUCAGCGAAAAGGACGAGAUCGAUGCCAACAUCAUCCAGGUGUAUCAUGGUGGCCAGUCGGCGGACGAUCGUCCAGUUCACUUCUUGCUCCUGGAAAAUGAGAAUCCCGAGUUUACCAAUGAGGCAAAGCAAGCUGCCUCAGACGGAACAGAGAGGCUUGUAUGGCCUUAUGGUGAACGCUUGAUACGGUUAUACUUCAAGCACGUCCAUCCCAUAUACCCCGUCGUCACCAAGGCGCGAUUCCUUCGCCAAUACAAGGCCAACAGGAUGAGGAUCCCCGCCUCGUUACGCGGCGCCAUCUACGGCCUGGCAUGCGUUUUCUGGGACCGUGACUCAACCGUUACAGAGCCAUGCCCCUUCCAGCAGCAUCAAUGCAUCGACCACGCCCACGAGGCUUUGAGGCGCGAGCAUGAGAAUCCCAAUCUCUUCAGCCUUCAGGCGGGUCUUCUGCUCCAUCACAUCACGCCUCCUGAAAUCGACAGCGUUGAGACACCAAGCAUGUGGACCAUGACGGCGCAAACCACUGCCUGUGCCCAGACGAUGGGCCUCCAUCAAGAUCCCACCCGCUGGAGUAUUGAGCCAUGGGAAAAGAGGGUUAGGAAGAAGCUGUGGUGGGCAGUAUACGCUUCGGAUUGCUGGUCUGCAAUCUGCCACGGGAACCCUACCCAUAUCAGCCCAGAUUCGUUCAGCACCAUCCCACCAGACAUGGACGACAUUCGGGAUGAUGAGACUGUGCCUGAAGACUUGCGAUACCUGGUCGAGCCCGAGGAUGCCAUCUUUCAGGCUUCGGUGGGAGCUCGAUUCCUGCACUACAUCAAUCUGACCAUUGUCUUGAGAGAGGUGUUAGAUUGCACCUUUCAGGUUCGACCUAACCCGUCAACCCUCAUCAAUAGGGCAACCCAGCUAGUGAUUCUGAGAGAGAAGUUCAUAGACUGGCAUGGCCUUCUUCCGCAAUGCCUUACCGUCGAUUCCGAAAGAGGCCAAGACGGGAUCAGCAACUGCCCCCUGCAUCUCACCUAUUACGCGAGCCAGGCACUCCUGUACAGAGGAUUGAUGUAUCCUGCUACCAGAGAGGCCAAAGCCGAUCCCGAGUCAAGCCUUCGCAAGUGGUUUGUUCCAGCUCUUGGCGAGUUUCAAAGCUUUGUGUGCUUCUUUGAUUCCAUUACUGAGGAAGAUCUGCGUGGCUUUUGGUGUCGUCGUAGGUCUUGCUCCUCUUCUUCUUCCUUUUGUCUCGAUCACAUUGAGGCUGCAUAUCAACUCUUGCAAGAGUUCCACCACUCUCUGAAGCGACUUGGGGAAACCACUUAUACCCCUGGACGGCUUCUUCUCCGGCCUGUCAGGCUCAGGUUGGAUUCCUUCUUUCGACAGGCGGCCACGAUUUUGCGAGGGAGCGAGGCGCCCGUUCUAUCGCAUAUAAACGGAACAGGCCAGACGCUGUGA